AACCAAGAAGAAAAACUCUCAUUUCCCGAUACCAACAAACUCAGUCAGUCAGUCUUUUAAUCAAACACAAGAAGUUCAAGAACAGCACCUGAUCCGAACUGUAUCCGGAAACAUGGAUCCGAACCCGAAAACAUUCCCUAUUCUCUCCUACAUCAUGGGCCGGAUCCCCACCUUCGGCCCCAAACCCGAUUCUCCUCCGGCCGACAUCGAGCAGCCUUCGCCUCCGCCGGUCGGAGCCCAAUCCGAUCCAUCCUCUUCUUCGGGGGGAGGUCAGUACCAGAUAGUUGAGCACAUGCCGCGUUUGACCGACCCGAAGCUUAUCGAGGCCAUGACCCGUGCUGUGUCCGAUGUGUCCCAGACCCGAUCCGUUCUCAAAACUAUCGGCGACCGGCCUGAUCACGAGGCCGUUGACGCUGCUAAGGUCAAGCUGGCUGACAUCGAAGCGAGCCUGGCGAAGCAGCUGGAGGACUUGGUUCUCUCUCCGCGGCCGGCCGAGGUCGACCGGCUCCAAUGGCGGUCCCAUCUGGCUGAUAAGGAGAAUGAGUGUAGGAAAGAGUCGGAGAAGGAAAAGCAGAUGUAUAAGGCGAUAAUCCAGUUGGAUGAGAUGCAUGACGCGUACGAGAAGCUUUUGAAGGACGCUGAAGAGAGGUUGGAGAAGAUUUAUGAGUUGGCGGAGGCCCGUGGUCCGGUAGAGGAGGCGGAUGCGAGUGAAGAGGAUCCGGUGACUGAAGAUGUGAACGAGGAGGUGGUUGGGAUUCUACAGGAGGCUUCCGGAACUGGGUUGGAGCGCGUGGACCUCUCCGGUCGGCAGUUGAGGUUUUUGCCAGAGGCCUUUGGGCGAAUUCGUAGCUUGGUUGUACUCGAUAUCUCAAGCAAUCAACUUGAGAUCAUUCCUGAUUCAAUAGCUGGAUUGGAGAACCUUGAGGAGUUGAAUGCUUCUUCUAAUCUUUUGGAGUCACUGCCAGACUCGAUUGGCUUGUUACAGAGAUUGAAAAUUCUGAAUGUCUCAGGAAACAAGCUAUGUGCCCUUCCUGACACCAUUGCUCACUGCAGGUCAUUGGUUGAGCUGGAUGCGAGCUUCAACAGCCUGACAUACUUGCCAACAAACAUUGGUUAUGAGUUGGUUAAUCUUGAAAGACUUUCAAUCCAAUUAAAUAAGAUUCGUUCACUUCCGACUUCUGUUUGCGAGAUGAGAUCUUUGCGCUGUUUGGAUGCUCACUUCAACGAGAUUCGUGGCCUUCCACUAGCAAUUGGGAAGUUAACCAGACUUGAAGUUCUCAACCUGAGCAGUAAUUUUAGUGACUUGACAGAACUUCCAGAAACGUUUGGUGAUCUAACCAACCUUAAGGAACUUGAUCUCAGCAACAACCAAAUCCAUGCACUUCCCGAUACAUUUGGCAGGCUUGACAACUUGACCAAACUCAACUUGGAGCAGAAUCCCCUAGUGAUUCCGCCAAUGGAGGUAGUGCACGAAGGGGUUGAAGCUGUCAAACUUUUUAUGGCUAAGAGAUGGCUUGAGAUACUAGUGGAAGAAGAAAGGAAAAGUAUGCUUGAAGUACAAGAACAAGCACAAGCUGGAUGGUUGACUCGCAGCACUUCCUGGUUGAAAACUUAUGCUUCAGGUGUUUCCGAGUAUAUAACAUCUCCAAGAACUCCCAAGGACCCCUAUCUUGAUCAGCAGCUGUAAGUUGAUGUCUCCAGGAUAUUUGUUGUUUAGUUUGCACUUUCACUUGCUGCCAUGAUCCAGUUAUUGAAUAUGGAGGACUGCUUUCUUCUGCAAUACUAGGCUUGCCUCCUUCAUCUCCCUCUCUCUCUCUCCCCUUUCCCAUCUUCCACUAAUACUUUUUAAAUUUGUGUUUUGGUUUUGUUAAACUUUUGGGUGUAACGUGUAAGUUUUGCUGUUGUAGUUGAACACUUACAGUUGUAAGUCCAAAUAAAUUUGGAUAUUCCAAUUUUGUAAUCAAUAAUGUUGCAAUUUUUGUC